AGAACAAUGUGCAUUCUUUAUUGUUCAUUCGAUUCAGUUACGUGCUCGGGCUAAUUUCGCAGUCGGAGCACUCGAGUGCUCGAAAUAAAAUGCAUCAGUCGGCGGGUCAUCAGAAAAAGAAGCCAAGGAUCCGGAAUCGUGCCAGGAACAAGUGCAACCAGGUCCAAGCUGACCAGGACGGCGUUCCACUGACAAUUCCUGUCAAGGAGGAGGAAAAUCCCCCCGAGAAUGAUGUGAUCAAACUCAUCCAACAACUGUUGCGUCGGAAAUUGUUGGCCAAAAAUAAGGCAACCUCGAAUCCUGAACCAGAAGCCCCCAGGGAGCUGAAACCAGAGGAGAAGAAACCGCCAAUCAACACUGCAGAGCUAGUCAAAUUAUUACCCUUAAUUGCUAGCCAGUCCAAGAAAGCUAGACCCCUUGAAAAGAAGCCAAAGGCUCAGACUGCACCACCACAACCUGCUCCAGAAGCACCCAAAAUCCCAGUCCCAGUCCCAUCCGCCAAAGCCUCCAGGGACGUCAAAGCCGACGAAGUGGAUGAGCUUCUCAAAUGCUUGGGGAGUAAAUUGCAAAAAGGUCCGGGGGAAUCCCCUACAGCUGCUCUCUUCAAUAAUCUCGGCAAGCUCUUUAGUCAGGCUCCACCGAGCGAUGUGGAGUCCUCCGACGAUGAGGCGGAGUACAUUGAAUACAUCUACAAACCAAGGCAAUACUUUAUGGCCUCAUUGUGUAAUUUUUGUAAAGGGGAUCUCUGUGGCCAAAAUCCACUGGCAUGCACCCGCUGUGGGCUGAGCUACUACUGCAGUGCUGGCCACAUGAGGGACGACCAGGAGCACCGCCAGCUGUGCUACGCCAUCCGCCAAACGGCCACCCACAAUGGUCACGAUAUGUUCUACAAGUGCGGCGACUUCAGUGCCGACCAGUUCCGCUCCUACCGGAUCGUCUGCAUCCGCCAGGUGGAGAAGGAGAUGAACCGCCAGCUAACGGCCACUGAACAGGAACUCCUGCUCUUCCCUCUGCUGUGUUCUCAGGUCAAGUGCCGGGAGCAUCGCUUGAAGCGUCUUUCCACCUGCGGGGGAUGUGGAGAGGUUGCCUUCUGCAAGGACAAGCCCGACCAUCUCAGUCCGGAUCACUCCAAGUGGUGUCACGCCUACCGUUUGUUCAAGGCUUGUGUGAUGUUCCAGGCGAGAUUCGGGCGGCUGGAACCAUCGCUGCCCAACAAAGUACUCCGGGAACUGCCCAUGGCCUGCACCAACACGAGGCACAUGAUGAGGAAACUAAAUUUCAAUGUAACAGAUGAGUGCGAAUAUGCAGCUGUUACUCAGGUGUCGACAGGACCUCUGACUGCCUGGUUCGCCCUGAAACUCUGCGAACGUCUCAGGAGCUGUGAGGAAUUGACGGUUCACUUGAUUGGAGCUGAAAUCGAAUUCGAGGUGGAUGUCCUGCAGAAGUGGGAGCUCUUUCUGCUCCACAUAACGCCUGUGGUCAAGACCCUGAAUGUGGUGUUCAUAGGGCCUGAACUGAACCCCAAUAAUAUAUCCUUUGAUCAGUUGAAGAAGAUUAAAUGCUGUCGUUAUUGUCGAAAGUUUCAGAGAACGGUUAAUUAUUUUUUUGAAAAUAGCCUUUACCACGAUUACUGCAAGGAAACGCAUUUUCUAAAGCCAAGUUUGGUAUGCUUUUUUAACUCGGGUCUCUACCGAUCGACUGGAUAUGCCUUGGAGGACACUUGGCCGGAUACCAUUCAGGCUGCUUUGAAUCUCGGAUGCCCCAUCGUGGUCACUUCCUACACGAAAUAUGAGGCUCCUUUGGAUAUGGUGCAUUUUGUCAACCAAUCGAAUCGACAUUUAAAUGUCGUCCUUCCACCGACCAUUAAUCCUUUUUCGUCUGAGAAGCCAGAACGUAAUUUUAUAUCCGACCAUGAAGCUCCGUUUAUGUUUAAGAAUUUUUAUUGUUUUGUUGUUGAAUGAAGUUAUCGAAAUAAAGUAUGUUUGUUGUUUCUAAAUGACAAA